AAUUGUAACAGCAUCCCUCUACCUAUUCAUAUGACUUCAAGAUAGAUCCACUGUUCUAAAUUGCCGCGAGCUCUAGUUACACACCCGCUCCGCUAAUAGGGAUCAUCUCCCAUCAUUUCAACUCUCUCACCCAGCGUCGAUAAGUACCCACCUACCUACUUCUUUAAUCAUUGCAAUUUCGAAACAAGCUCAAGCGUUGUCGGUGUCGAAUAAAUUUUGUAUAAUGUAAACGUGAUAACAAUUUAAAUUCCUCUGUAAAGGGUCUCGAGCCGACAAAAACAACAAACAAACAGAGAGGCGCGCGAUUGGCGCAGCGGCAUGGGGCGGCGCCGGCGGCAGGCCCCUCCUGCCUCAUGCGCCAGUCUCGCUCGCUCGCCCAGUCCUUAUCUUCCACUCCGCUGCGGGAGACGUGUGACCAGCCAAUUUUCAGUUGACAAUAAUAAUCAAAACAAUACCGGGUUAGUGACAAACUAUGCCUCGACCCACACGUGAGUCCUACGGAGACCAAAAACCACCGUUCUCAUACAUAGCUCUGACCGCCAUGGCCAUCUGGAGUUCCCCAGAGCGCAUGCUGCCGCUCUCUGAGAUCUAUCGGUUCAUCACGGACCGCUUCCCAUACUACCGGCGCAACACGCAGCGCUGGCAGAACUCUCUGCGGCACAACCUCUCCUUCAACGACUGUUUCGUGAAGGUGCCGCGCCGUCCGGAUCGGCCUGGCAAGGGCGCCUACUGGACGCUGCAUCCGCAGGCCUUCGACAUGUUCGAGAAUGGCUCGCUAUUGAGGAGGCGCAAACGGUUUAAGUUACAUAAGGGAGAGAAAGACAGUUUGAAUGCGGAACUGGCGGCGCUGGCAAGUUUUAAUCGAGCGUUUUUGGCGCGUCAGGCGGGCGGGCCGCCGCCGCCACCGAGUAUGCCGAGUGGAGGAUUGUAUGGGCCCACUGUGAACCUGUGUUCAAGGUUGAGUCCCGAGCCGCUGGAAGCGCCUGAUACGGCAGCGCUACUGCCGGCGGGGCCGCGGCCGCGGCGCGCGUUUACGAUCGACGCGCUGCUAGAGCCGGAGCCGCGGCGCUCGCCAUCACCACCGCCGCCGCCGCCCAUGCAGCCGCACUGUCCGCUGCCACUACCACCCGCGCCUUACCUAUUGGCGGCGCAGCGUUACCACGCAGAGCUGCUGGCCGGGCUGCAGCAGUCUUGCCUGCCCCCGUUGUGGACGUGGCGAGACACUAACCAGUUUUCACAUUAUACGCUUAAUUCAUGAAUGGUAGAUCAACAAAAAUUUAAAAACGAUCUCAAGAUAACUCUAGACUUAGAAAAAACCUACAGUCUGUUACAUAUUGGAAAUACCUAAAUAAAUCAAAAAAGAAGAUUAAUUAGUGCAAUGGACUUAGAACUUAAAACUUUAAUAAAUUAGACUGGAAGUCUGAUGGCAAUAUUGGCAUCAAGUCUAAUGACCACUAGCAGGAUAAGCAUAACGUGGUAAGUUUCUU